CGUCCACACCACGCCACGAGUCAAACGCAGCGUACACACGCCGCGUUGACCGAAUCGAUCUAAUUCAUGCCUAGGAAAGGAAUUCAUCCUCUCCUUUAUCGCAUCAGCAUCGUCGGGACCAAGGGCGCCACCUUCCCGUGGCUCUCCGCUGUUCCGUUCAAAGCCGGCAAGUUUUUUUGCCAGACCGAUCAAGACACGCACGUGCUCUGGACCGGGAAGAAGGAAGUCAAAGCCGCGACCGGUCAAGUCGCGAAGUUCAAGCGUAGGUUCGACUACCUCUCCGAGGCCGAGCUCCCGGGGGGGAACAAGAGGCGAUGAACGGCAUGACGCUCGCGUCCGCGUCGCGACUCGCCGUCGCCGCGAGGGCGACGUCCUACGGCGACAAGCGCUCGUCGAAGAAAGGCAAAUCCGGCGGGUCCGAAGGCUUGUCCGACACGGAAUGGAUGCAAAAAGCGCGCAAGCUCGCGAACCAGCGCGCGGCGAAGUUCCGAACCGAGCGCGGCGCACCCCCCGUGGCGCCGAACACGUGGCGAAGGAAGCGAAAGACGGACGCCAACGACCCGUACGCGGAUGGCCAAUUCGAAGCCGCGCGAGGGUACGACGAUCUUCCGCCGCGAUCGAAACGCGGCGAGGACGAGGACGAGGAAGAACAAGAGAUGACCGCGACGAAGGGCGACGGCCUGUGGCGCGUGGACAUGGCCGCGCUGUCCGAAGAGGACUGGGCGACGCAGUGGACGAUGACCCUGGAGGAGUUUAAAGCCCUGGAGAAGG